AUGUCCUUUGACAAUGCCACCAAUAACCUGAAGGAUUGUAUAAACACAGAACCUAAUAAUAACAGAAUAACUAGCGUUGACUCUGUUGGGCAGGAGGAAACGAUGUCUUCGACAAAAUCGAACCACCCGAAUGAUAUAGGGUCUUGCAGUGAAAGCGAUAGCGAUGAUGACGACUAUUUCCUAAGCGACGAAGAAGAGUUGAACAAUAUAAGUUCUAAUCCAAACGAGGGCGAGGCUCGUUUGAAUUAUUCGACGAGUAUGGCCGACCAUAUUGCAUAUCUUUCUAAUUCACUUACUUAUGCAUUAGAUUCAUUGCAAUUAGAUAAAUCGCUUGUUUUACAGGCACAACUAAGCGGUCAGUUGAACAACGAAAAACGAAAAAUCAUAGACAAAAGAAAAGAAGUUGUUGAAAAAAUUGAGAAUCUAAAGCAUCUUUAUGAUUACAAUUUUGGCUCAGCUAAUAUCAAAUCAAGCCUCAGUAGAGUGGAGAAAUUGAAACAAGAUAUAACUGAAAUCGAAUAUAGAAUUGAGAAAUUAAAAUCAGGUCCUUCGAAAAGUAAUGGUUCAACACUUAGGGCAAUGUUUAAAUCAAAAAACCAGAAUACAGGAAUCGCCAAUAGGUACCCUAUUGAGUAUAACCAGGCUAAAGAUAAAGUUUUAGAAAGACAAAUUGAAGAAUAA